AUGCUCCCGUCACUCUCGUCUUCUCACAGGCAAAUAGUCUUUGUCAUUCUGUUUCUUUGUCUCCUUGUGGUCAUUGACAGCAUGUUCUUUCCUUCGUUCAAGAGGGCAGCCCUCUUUGCGCUGCCUGUGGCAGUAGCCAACUCUCAGGCGACAACCGCCGCCUCGUCGGCGGUUGCCAGUNCCCUGUCAUCUACAUCGUCUGGCACCAUCGCAUCAGUCUUGUUGAACGGAACAUACACCACAUCCGAGCAGAGCACUGAACUUUCUAUUCAGANNUUCACACCCCAGUACACUCUCCCGGCUUCCAUCGAUUACGGCGCAAACUUGAUCCCCAAUGUCGAGGACCCAGAGGCCAAGGACGCGCAAGUCAUGUGCCCUGGUUACAAGGCCUCGAAUGUCGAGCACAACAAGUACGGCUUCACAGCCACUCUGAAUCUCGCCGGACAGGCUUGCAACGUCUACGGCACUGACGUUGAUGUCCUCAAUCUCACGGUUGCCUACCAGUCUGCCCACCGCCUGGCAGUCGAGAUUUCACCUGCCCACGUCACUGCAGAGAAUGCUAGUUGGUACAUCUUGCCUUCCGAGCAAGUGUACAAGCCUGAGCAGUCGGACGAGAACACCGAGGACAUUGAUCUUCAAUUCGUCUGGUCCAACGACCCUACUUUCAGUUUUGCUGUUCUGAGAAAGUCCACUGGCGAUGUCCUCUACUCUACCGAAGGCACCGUCCUGGUCUACGAGGACCAAUUCAUUGAGUUUGUCUCCACUCUGCCUGAAAACUACAACCUCGAAGGCCUGGGAGAGCGCCUUCACGGCCUCAGACUUGGCGACAACUUGACUGCUACCAUGUAUGCGGCCGACAAUGGUAACCCCAUUGAUCGUAACCUUUACGGAACCCACCCCUUCUACCUGGAUACCCGUUAUUACGAGAAGGAUCCCGAGACAAGUGCUUUGACUCUCCUGACUGGUAACGCAAGUACCAACGCCAGCUACAUCUCGUACAGCCACGGUGUUUACCUCAGAAACGCCCAUGGCCAAGAACCUAUCCUCAAUGCCGGAAAUAUCACCUACAGAACUCUCGGUGGAAGCAUCGAUCUUUACUUCUUCGACGGUCCCACCCCGGCUGAGGUCACCAAGCAAUAUCAGGCUGAAGCCAUCGGUCUUCCUGCUAUGCAGCAGUACUGGACUUUCGGUUAUCACCAAUGCCGCUGGGGCUACAAGAACUGGACUAUGAUGCAAGAUGUUGUUGAUAACUUUGCCAAGUUCAGCAUUCCUUUGGAGACCAUCUGGAACGGCAAGCAGUUUAUCGACGGUCUUCACAACAACAACCAACACUACAUUACCAUCGUCGACUCAGCUAUCUACAUUCCCAACCCUGACAACGCCACGGAUGCUUAUUCUGUCUAUUCAAUGGGUCACGACAUGGACGUGUUUAUGAAGAACCCUGAUGGAUCCGAAUACAUCGGGGCUGUCUGGCCCGGCUUCACCGUCUUCCCUGACUGGCAAGCUGCAAACGCCACUCAAUGGUGGACUGAGUCUCUCAUGAAGUGGUACCAGAAUGUCCAAGUUGAUGGUAUCUGGAUCGAUAUGUCCGAGGUCAGCUCCUUCUGUGUUGGCAGUUGUGGAUCAGGUUCUCUGCACUUGAACCCUGUCCACCCUCCUUUCGCUCUUCCCGGCGAGCCUGGGUCGGUUGAUUAUGGCUACCCCGAGGGUUUCAAUGUCACCAACUCUACCGAGGCUGCUGCCGCUUCCUCAGCUUCAGCUGCUCAGGCAUCCUCCAACUCCGCUACACAAGUCUCCUCGAGCACCUCGACCGUAGCUUACCUCAGAACUACACCCAGUGCUGGCCUUCGUAAUGUCGACCACCCUCCCUAUGUCAUCAACAACCAGCUCGGCGACUUGGGUGUUCAUGCAGUUGCGCCCAAUGCCACUCAUUCCACCGGUGUCGAGGAGUACGACGUGCACAACCUCUUCACUUUCGCUGGAGCUGGUCAAUUCGCAGGACACUGGGGUGGGGAUAACUAUGCCACAUGGGAGUCUAUGUACUUCAGUAUCCCUCAGGCCCUCGAUUUCUCUCUUUUCGGUAUGCCAAUGUUCGGUGCCGAUACUUGCGGCUUCUCUGGAAACUCUGACGAGGAACUUUGCAACCGCUGGAUGCAGAUGAGUGCCUUCUUCUCUUUCUACCGCAAUCACAACACUCUUGGCGACAACUCUCAGGAACCCUACAUCUGGGGAUCGGUCAUCGACGCCAGUAAGAAGGCAAUGCAGAUCAGAUACUCACUGCUGCCCUACAUCUACACCCUGUUCCACUCCGCACACACCACUGGUAGCACCUUCUUGCGCGCUAUGGCUUGGGAGUUCCCCAACGACCCUAGCCUUGCCAGCGCCGAUCGUCAGUUCAUGCUCGGACCCAGCUUGCUUAUUACGCCUGUUCUCCUGCCUGGCGUCACUACUGUAAAUGGUGUCUUCCCUGGUAGCAAAGACGGUGUUGUCUGGUAUGACUGGUACAACCAGACUGCUGUGCCUGCCACUCCUGACGCAAACGUCACCAUGGAUGCACCUCUUGGUCACAUCAACGUCCACAUUCGCGGCGGCAGCGUUUUGCCGCAGCAAGAAGCCGGUCUAACCACUACUGCAUCCAGAAACACUCCUUGGAGUGUCAUUGCUGCUCUUUCAGCUGAGGGCACUGCUACUGGCAGCUUGUACAUUGAUGAUGGCGAGAACGUCAUCCAGAACUCGACUUUGUACGUCGACUUUACUGCCGAGAACCAGCGUCUGUACGCCUCUGCUCGUGGUCUUUGGCAGGAGAAGAACGCUCUUGCCAACAUCACUGUUCUUGGUGUCCAGGACGCACCCAAGAACGUGUCGCUCAACGGCAUGGCUUUGAUGUCUGGUGUCAACUACAACGCCACGAGCAAGGUUCUCAAGGUUACUGGUCUACAGAACGCCACUUCUUCUGGUGCCUGGGCCAAGGACUGGGUCCUUGAGUGGUAA